ACUUCAACCGGUUGUCGUCCCAGUGGCCACCCUCUGAGCACGUGUUGCUGCCAGUCUGCGUCAGCGCUGGGUAAAUACAUGACUGGGCGACGCCGCCGGGCGGGGCUAUUUAAGAGGCAGCCGCCCUCUGGUCCUCCCUGAACUUGGCUCAGCUGCCGGGCUGCUCCGGUUGGAAACGCCAAGCCAGCUGCGUUCUAAUCCAAAAGCCAUGAACAGCGGCGUGCGCCUGUGCGUACUGAUGGCGGUACUGGCGGCUGGCGCCCUGGCGCAGCCGGUGCCUCCCGCAGAGCCCGCGGGCUCCGGGCUGCAGCGGCCAGAGGCGCCCCGUAGGCAGCUGAGGGCAGUGCAGAGAACGGACGGGGAGUCCCGAGCGCACCUGGGCGCGCUGCUGGCGAGAUACAUCCAGCAGGCCAGGAAAGCUCCUUCUGGGCGAAUGUCCAUCAUUAAGAACCUGCAGAACCUGGACCCCAGCCACAGGAUAAGUGACCGGGACUACAUGGGCUGGAUGGAUUUUGGCCGUCGCAGUGCCGAGGAGUAUGAGUACCCCUCCUAGAGGACCAGCCUCCAUUGGCCCAACGAGAAGCAACCUCCCAACCCAGAGGAGGCAGAAUAAGAAAACAAUCACACCAUAUCUCAUUGUCUGUGGAGUUUGACAUUGUAUGUAUCUAUUUAUUAAGUUCUCAAUGUGAAAAAUGUGUCUGUAAAAAUUGUCCAGUGCAACCACACACCUCACCAGAACUAUACAAAUGGAAGACAAAAUGUUUUCCUCAUCUGUGACUCCUGGUCUGAAAAUGUUGUUAUGCGAUUAAAGUGAUUUCAUUCUGC